UUUCCUCAUACUGGAGGAACACUUGUCAGACAGCAUUGCACAAUUUCAGUAGUUAAUGCAGUUCCUAUCUUUCUAUAAAGAGCACAAGUGAGCACUGUUCACUAUGGACCGCGUGAGCCUGCUAAGCACCAUUCUGCUUUUGUACGGACUUUUAUACAUAAAUGAUGCAUAUUCUGAGAACACAUUUGCUCAACCAUCUAAUACAACCACCCCUGCGCCCAAUACCACUACGACUCAUGUAACAUCAAACACAACCACCCUUGCCCCCAAUACCACUACAACUCAUGUAACAUCAAACACAACCACCCUUGCACCCAAUACCACUACAACUCAUAUAACAUCAAACACAACCACCCUUGCACCAAAUACCACAACCACCCUUGCACCAAAUACCACAACCACCCACUCUGUUACAACUACAAAAACUGCCAGCACUACAACACCUACACCAACAUUGGAACCAAAACCCUCUCCGCCUGAAACUGGUAACUACACAGUGAAAAUUAAAAAUGAGUUUUGCAUUGAAGCACUGAUGGGUCUAGAAUUGGAACUGACAAAUUCUACCAAGACACAACAGUACUUUAAUAUUGUACCAAGCCAAAUAAACUCAAAUGGGACAUGUGAAAAGUCAAAGGCAAAUCUAAACUUGACAUUUGCAAACAGUUAUAUCAACUUUGUUUUUGCUCAGGAUGACAAUUCUUACUACCUUGACAAUGUAACUGUGUAUUUUAAUCUCACACGAUCAGAAUCUUGGUAUGGUAACGCUACCAAUCAAAAAUUAUUAAAAACAGAGAAUGGCUACUCUGUAAAGUGUAAAAACACUCCUAAAAUACAGCUGGGUGAUACCAUGAACCUUGUGAUGACUAAUGUAAAACUGCAAGUCUUUAACUUUAAGGAUAACAGUUUUGGAAAAGAAACAACCUGCAAAUAUGAUCACAACUUUGGUCUAAUGAUUGCUGGUAUAGUUAUUGUAGUGAUAGUUGUUUUGGGGGUAAUUAUCUAUUUUAUCUGGCACAAGAGAAAAUCUUCCGGAUAUCAGAGAAUAUAACUGCUGAAUUUAAGAAAGAACAUGGCUUUCACUGAAGAAACAAAAUGACCUGAAUGAUCAACUUUGCCAGAAAAACUAUGCUUACACUAAUACAAUAAUUUUACUGGAACCAAUCUCCUCCAGUAUAACCCGUGGAAGAUAAAAAAUAAAAACCUUUUGGACAAGCCAUUUUACAAGUGAAUAUUUUCUUUACAGUUGGAAAAAUCAUGUUAGUUAAGCAGAUUCUGUCACGAUUUUAUGGUAUAGUUUUCAUUACUAAAUAACACUGUGUACAUUGCAAAUUAUUCACUGUACCAUUUAAAAUAUUCAUGAAACAAUUAAUGUAUGUUUUCAAAGUUGUAAUAUUGGUGUGUAGGCUGCCAUCUGAGUGCAUUGUGCCUGUGUCUGAGCUUUUAGAAAGAGACAGCAAUACACAAUAAAACUGCUUUCAAAUACGCUA